CAGCACCUGCAGUGCCUCCUCCUCCAGGCUGGCCUCCACGCUUCCCUGGAUUCCUCACUGGUCCUCGUUCUUGGAAGCAAGCCCCCUUUCUCCAUCCAUUUCUCAUGUAAGUCGGUUUCAUUCUUUCUGUGAUUUCCCUUCAUUCUGUUCCCAACUGUUUGGCUUUGACUAGAAGUAGCCACAUUAGCCAUUCUUCAAGGGGUCUGCCUCCCCCAGGAGGCCAAAGUGCCAAAGGACAGAGAGCUUUGGUCAGCGGGGGACUUCUCAGGGUCAGGUACAGAGUUGCUUGAUCCCCGGCCUCUGCUUCAUGGCUGGGAGGAGCCCCGUCUGCUUCCGGAAGAGCAAAUCUCUCAAGUAGCCAUUUCUCGCAUCCCAAGCAUGUCUCCAAGCUUGCUGCUGUCGGAUGGUUGUUGAAAAGGCAGACUCACUGGAAGAUAAGAAGCUUUUGUGGGACUCCGGAAAGAGCCAAGGGAUGUCUAUGAGGAGCCCCGGCUCUGCCCAGCUGGUCCUGGAUGAAGUUGGCACCAUGGUGAACUGUACUGUCAAGGCAGAGGGAAAGAAGGAGCCUUGUUACGAGGCCCCCCAAGGCUCAGCCUCUGCAGAUGAACUGCCGCCUGGAAACCCAUCCCGCCCCCCCCAGGAUGGUGCUGACCAGCAAGCUCCAGCCCAGGGUGACGGGGACACCCAGUAUGUCUUGCAGGACAGCAGCUCCCUGGAGAACAGUGAGUCCCCAGAACCCAGGAGACCAGGAGGUUCCGAGGCUGCUUCUGGAAGCCAGGAGAAGCUGGACUUCAACAGAAAUUUAAAAGAAGUUGUGCCGGCCAUCGAGAAGCUGCUGUCCAGUGACUGGAAGGAGAAGUUCCUGGGAAGGAGCUCUGUGGAAACCAAAGAUGUCAAAGGGACCAAGGAGAGCCUGGCAGAGAAGGAGCUGCAGCUUCUGGUCAUGAUCCACCAGCUGUCCGCUCUGCGGGACCAGCUCCUGACUGCGCACUCAGAGCAGAAGAACAUGGCCGCGAUGCUCCUGGAGAAGCAGCAGCAGCAGAUGGAGCUGGCCCGGCAGCAGCAGGAGCAGAUUGCUAAGCAGCAGCAACAGCUGAUUCAGCAGCAGCAUAAGAUCAACCUCCUUCAGCAGCAGAUCCAGCAGGUCAACAUGCCUUACGUCAUGAUUCCAGCCUUCCCCCCAAGCCACCAACCUCUGCCUGUUACCCCCGACUCCCAGCUGGCCCUGCCCAUUCAGCCUAUCCCCUGCAAGCCAGGUGAGNGGGUCCUUUGUGCUCCCGUACCUCUGCCCUGGUUUCCCGCCUCCUUGUCUCCUCCGCCCCGCUCUGGCCCACGUGCCCCUGGCCCCUCUGGUGUUGCUGACCCUCAGCGUCUCCCUCAGGAACCCUCCCAACCGCUGAACCUCACGGCCAAGCCCAAGGCUUCAGAGCUGCCUAAUUCCUCCAAUUCCCCCAACCUGAAGCUGAGCAACUGCGGACCGCGUCCCCCAAGCCACGGGGCCCCCACGCUGGACCUGCAGGCCAACCCCCCUAGCCUGCCUUUGGGCUUCCUCGGUGAAGGGGACGCUGUCACCAAAGCCAUCCAGGAUGCCCGGCAGCUGCUGCACAGCCACAGCGGAGUCUUAGACGCUUCACCCAGCGCCCCGUUCCGCAAGGACCUCGUUGGCGUGGACACAUCGCCAGCCAAGGAGCGGCUGGACGACAGCUGUGUGCACCCGCUGGAAGAAGCCAUGCUGGGCUGUGACGUGGACGGCUCCCGCCACUUCCCUGAGUCCCGGAACAGCAGUCACAUCAAGCGGCCCAUGAACGCCUUCAUGGUGUGGGCCAAGGACGAGAGAAGGAAGAUCCUCCAAGCUUUCCCAGACAUGCAUAACUCCAGCAUCAGCAAGAUCCUUGGCUCCCGCUGGAAGUCCAUGAGCAACCAGGAGAAGCAACCUUACUACGAGGAGCAGGCCAGACUGAGCAGGCAGCACCUGGAGAAGUACCCCGACUACAAGUACAAGCCGCGGCCCAAGCGCACCUGCAUCGUGGAGGGCAAGCGGCUGCGGGUGGGCGAGUACAAGGCCCUGAUGAGGACCCGGCGCCAGGAUGCCCGUCAGAGCUACGCGACCCCCCAGCAGACCGGCCAGGUGCAGAUGAGCCCCUCAGAAGUCCUGUACCCGCGGGUGGCAGGCGUGCCCCUGGCACAGCCCCUGGUGGAGCACUACGUGCCCCGCGGCCUGGACCCAAACAUGCCCGUCAUCGUCAACACCUGCAGCCUCAGGGAGGAGGGCGAGGGUCCAGAGGACAGGCACUCGGUGGCUGAUGGGGAGAUGUUCCGGUUCAGCGAGGACGAGGACUCGGAGGGCGAGGAGAAGAGCGACGGGGAGCUGGUCGUGCUCACGGACUGAUCCCGGCAGCCCGAGCCUGGCCCUCCUCCCCGCGGAGGCCUGGGCACAGCCGCCCCACCCACUGGUACUUGGACUCGGGCCUGCCGGGAGAUGGGCACAGCUGUGCGUGUGUGGAUGCGCUCGCGAUGGGAGGUGACCGCCCCGCACACCACCUGUGGGCACUCCGAGGCGCUAGUGGCCUCGGCGCCUCCUGCUCAGUGGCGGUGGGCUGGGCUCGCCGAGCACCAGUGGGGCUCUUGGGGCUCGUGGCCAGCGGGCAGUAUGUGACCCUCCCCCCCACAGGUCUGCCCGUCCGGGGGUAUGGCAGCUACAGACCUGUUCCUCUAGGGCCACAGUUUUUUUAUGUCCAUUCUUGUUCUGGCUGGACCAGCCACCGCGGGACCAACAUGCACCCUGCCAUCACCACCACAGUGCCCCAGAUGGCUGCUUUAACCACCAGGCUCGCUUGUGUAGAGAGGUCUGGCUGUCCUUGCCGUCUUUCCCUUCUGCCAAGCCUUUCAUGUCUCUGGCUGCUGUGUGUGCCCAUGUGUUUUCGUCUGUUCUUGCAUCGCAUAAGGUAUUUAUUGAGUGCCAGGGGCCCUUGCUGAGCUCCCGCGGGUGUGUCUCCGGGCGCCAUUCUUGCUUCUCUGGGGGGCUUUCUGCGCCUCUGUCUGUCCCCAAAUUGCUACCUCUCUAUGUCAGUCUGGGCGUCUCAGGUUCUGUGUGUCCGUAGUGCAUUUCUGUCCUUGCCUCUUUGCAGGGUCUGUUUGUGUCUCUCCCUUCCCCAAUGCCUGCCCUUGCCCCUCUGACACCCACUGGGUUUCUGCAGGCCCCAGUCUGCCCCGGGUCCCCGGGCAUCCCGGCCGCUCCUGCCCACUCCGUCACUGCCUCCCUGACUCCACUGUAAGCUCCCCGGGAGUCCCUUCCACUUCCAGCUCCCCGGGAGUCCCUUCCACUUCCAGCUCCCGCGGCCGGGGACGAGCUGGCCUCCAGAGGGCCCUGUGCUGGCACCUCAGCCCCGUCCCGACCUGAGUGCCAGGAGCGGGGCGGAGCACUGGCAGUGCCCCUUCUGUAAGCGGCAGGAGCGUGGGAGGGCUCUCGAGGCCACGGGGCUCCACACCCCUCGAGCCGGAGGUGGGCAGGCUCCGUGUUCUGGGGGGCUUCAUCCUCUCCCCCUCCCCCACACCACACCGGGAGCUUGCCCGGGUCCUGGUCCCUAUCACUGAGUCUUUCCCCAAGAAAAUCAAAUCCUGCUGGCACCUGACUCCAAAGAUCCAGAACAGCCCUGGGCAGGGUGGGAAGGGAACCCACACCCCACAGGGACAGAUGUGGAGUUUGUGUCUGUUCCCCCAACUUCCCCCUUCUCCUGCCCCACACCCAGCUUUUCUCCAACUGUUUCUUUUUUUUAUGACUGUAAACAUAGAUAGUGCUUUAUUUUGUUAAUAAUAAGAUAAUGAUUAGUAACUUAACCAGCACAUUUCUCCUGUUUACACUUGGGGGGGGGAUUUUUUUGUUUUUGUUGAUAUAAUAAAGACAGACCGUUUCAGAA